UCCGUAGCAGGUUACACGAGUUUAUUUUCAGUCGUUUUCUUGGAGACGGUGGCGUAAAACUGACCACGGAUAUAAUGACAACAACGUCUUCCCUGAACUUCUAGGAGGUGAAGCGUCUCCGGAGCACCGAGGUUUGGAAUCUAACGGUGACAUGUGAAAUGUUGCUGCGUGGUUUGUGGGUAUUUCCAGGCGGCAACGGACAGACCAAGCCAGGCUAGGUGAGCUAGCUUAGCGCUGGCCUCUCCGCUGGCUGAGCGUGUUGGAGCGUCGACGCGGUGUUUAUCACGGCUCUGCUUGUUUGUAAACAUCCGGUAAUACCAUCUGCAUAUUGACUGUUUUCACACUAAAGUGCUGUUUUAAUGCACGCACAGGACGGCGGAGCUACUUAGCUGCUGCUAGCUACUCUGAGACACCGCUGUGAGUGAGUGGCCCCUUAAAGCAGCGACAUCCCCCAUCAAAGACCCCCUUUGACUUCCAGUCUGCUCCUACACUGAAAAAAAUAGCUUUUUUUGGCCCUGUAAUUAUUAUUUCAAUCAUCUAUAUAAAUUCUACAAAGAAAUACGAAUUCAGUGCUUUUUCUUUAAAAAAAAAUUACUUAGUGAUUGUUAUUAUGUGUCCUCAGUUUUGUAUGUAAAUUGAAUCAUUCGUUCCAAGUAAUUUUCACUAAACCAGUUCAUUAGCUUAAUUAGUUGAUAUUUCCAAGUAAAAUGAAAUUGAGGGACAUCAGUGAAUCUGCAAUUUACUCGUGUAUUUUCAUAAAAAAAAUAAGUGGUUCUAUCAAAUAAAUAUUACUUAGAAACAGCCUGAGUAAAGAUUACAAACACUUUCUGUGUGGAAAAACUUGCCUAGCUUUUUUAAGUAAAUGUCACUCCAAUUUUUUCAGUGUAUUAGCCUGAUUUAGGGAAAACAGGCUGAAAUGCAGCGCUGAUGUGUAACUGUUAGCUCAGAGCUCACGUCGCACUAACAGCAGUCAUAUUGUUUUGGCUGACAUGGCAGCCAGCGGAUACUCUGACCUGAGGGAGAAGCUGAAGUCCAUGACUCCACACAGGGACGAGUACAAAAAUAAAUUUGUGGACGGCACGAGUAAUGGAAAGGGACGAAAGCGCAAGUUCAGAGAGUCAGACGACGAUGAGUAUGAGCACAGCGAUGACAGCGUGGAGCACCGGGAGCAGGAGGCCAGCCGGGUGAGCAGCAGCAUCCUGCAGAAGAACAUCUUCACCCCAGAGGAGUGCGCCUUCAUCGAGGAGAAGAUCGACGACGUGGUGGCCAGAGGAGAGGCUGGACUUUACAGGGAGCACACAGUGGACAGGGCGCCCCUCCGUAACAAGUACUUCUUCGGGGAGGGGUACACGUAUGGAUCCCAGCUGGAGAAGCGUGGACCGGGCCAGGAGAGGCUCUACCGCAAAGGAGAGGUGGAUGACAUCCCAAACUGGGUGCACGAGCUGGUGAUCAAGCGCCUGGUGUCCACUGGGGUGGUCCCUGAAGGCUUUGUCAACAGUGCAGUCAUUAAUGAUUACCAACCAGGUGGCUGCAUUGUGUCACAUGUGGAUCCUCAGCACAUCUUCGCACGGCCCAUCGUCUCAGUGUCCUUCUUCAGUGACAGCGCACUCUGCUUCGGCUGUCGCUUCCAGUUCAAGCCGAUCCGAGUAUCUGAGCCAGUGUUUGUCCUGCCUGUGAGGAGAGGGAGUGUCACAGUACUCAGUGGUUACGCUGCUGAUGAAAUCACUCACUGCAUCCGACCUCAAGACAUCAAGGAGCGGCGUGCAGUUAUCAUCCUAAGAAAGACCAGACCAGAUGCUCCUCGACUGGACUCUGACAGCCCUUUAAGCUCUUCUCCUGUAGAGAGACGCGCUCCUCUGAAAGCCAAACGCUCUCAUCGCAAAGCAGACCCUGAUGCUGCUCACAGGCCGCGGGUUCUUGAGAUGGAUAAAGAGGAGAACAGACAUCCGUCACACUCCCGUCACCGCCGUCACAGCAUCAGCUCAGAGAACUACUGGAGACGUGGGCAAGACUCCGACAAACACCGGGAGAGUUCAGGACGCAAAGUCAAAAUGAGACGCCACUGAGCCCCUCUCCAUCACACACACACAUACACACAGGAAUAUACCCGUUUUUUUUUCUGUAAUUCAAUAUUGUAACAUUCUUGGAUCAGUUGUCAUUUUCUGGCUCCAGUCUUAGUCUGGCACCAGGAGAACCGUCAUCAUGCUGUCUGCGUCUUGACCCGAGUCUGGAUCAGUUUAUUUGUUUCUGGCAGACGAAGCUCUGCUAAACAGUACAGAACCUCGAGUUUCUUCCUACAAUUAGGCUCUGUUGUUAAAUGACCGUUAACUGAACAUUUCUUGUGUCUAUGUCCAUAGAUACUUCAAAAUGGCAUGUAUUUUUUGUAAUCAAGAUGUACAGACCGCAAGAGCUAAAAGAAAGAUGUAUGUAUGGACUUGUACAAAGGCUGAGCUGUAAUCUAACUUGUUAUAAUGUACAAUACGUUUGUAUAGUCUUUGAUUGGGGGAACUUUUAUGCAGAAAGAAACAUGUUUUUUUUGCACCUACAUUUCUGAUCCUCACCUUUUUACUGUGCCAUCCCAGACCUUUGUUCUCCUCGGCCUCCCUGUCACAGUUUAAGUUGAAACGGCUGGCAGAUGUGCAGCCGUGCUUUGUGUUAGGAUUUGAUUCAGCUGUAUGGCUCAUCCUGGUGAAAGUCACAAUACGUUGCAUCAACAAAACUGAUGAUUUAUGGAGUGAUUUGAAACUCUGGCCUUGUUUUG